AACUUUGUAACACAUGCGUGUUUUCAAAAAGUUAACCUAAAAUAACAUUGUAAACUUAAAACGUGUGCUUAUAACAAUUAAUUAAUAAAUGAGGAACGAUACAUUAACAAGAAAUAUUAUUCAGUGACAACAAUUAAAAAAAAAUUAUGGCUCUUUCUGUUAAACGUGAUGAUUUAAAGCAUGUUCCAUGGUUUUCUAUGGCCGAAUGGUACGAUGUGUACAAUCAAAUCUAUUCGAAUAAUCAUGAAGAACAAGAAAAAGCAUAUGAAACUCUUCUCGUAUGGAAGGCACGAAAUCCAAAAUUACCUGUGGGAGUUGAUUGUACAUUAUCAUUAAUACAAGUAUCAUUGAGAGACAGAGAAUGGAGUGAAAAACUUGAUAAAGCCGAAUUACCAAUACACUAUGAAAAUGAUUUGUGCAUGAUGUAUUCACUCUCUAUAAUGAGAUUUCUUAAUCAUAUUUCAAAUAUUGGACAUAUGAAGCAAACGUCCUUAUUUCAAAUUGCAAAACAAUUAAAUAUUCCCGAAUGGAUUGUAAAUUUAAGACACGACGCCGCACACGGUCAUGAAUUACCUUCAAUUGGCGUUUUAAGAAUUGCCGUUAAUAUUCUCUUAACUUGGCUUCAUGAUGAAUACUGGACUGUUGAAAUAAAAAAUAUGAUUGACUAUUUCAACAAAAAAGAUGAAUUGCCUGACAACAAUGAUUCCGAAGAAAUUCAAGCUCUCGACGAUUUAAUUGAACUGUGGACCGCAACUGGAUUAUAUAUUUACGCCAAUUAUUCUCUAGUCUCCGAUUUACCAGAUCAAGAAUUACGGGAAACAUUGCAGGAAUUACGUACAUUCACAUUACAACAGCAGAAAAAUAAUGAGAAUUCAGAAAAUAUAACUGAAAAUUUAGAAAAUAAGAAAGAAUUCAAAUUAAUUACUGGACAGAGAAUUCUUUUAACUGAAAUAUCGGCAUGUCUCAAUAAAUCAUUUCUUCUUGAUAAUUGCGAGACAAUAUGUUCCGUUCUCUGUGAUAAUGAAGUUUUUAUACCAAAUGCCGAAUUUUUACAAUUAUUCAACGAACAAAAUUCAAAAUCCAACGACAAUUUUCCCCAUGCUUUUAUUAAAUUUUGGGAAGGAUUUAUUCUUUUGUUGCAAGAAAAAAAAUUAAUAGAAUUAUUAUUUUUACAACUAUUACAAUUAGUUAAUAAUGAAAAUGAAAAAAAGCACAAAAGACGAGUGGCCUCACAAUGGCUAUGUGCAAUUGCCAAUGCAUUAAGAAUACAUAAAAUUAGUCAACAAAUGCGUUUAGAAGAGGAUCAAUAUUAUGAUUGUAAAAAUAAAAAAUUGUCUUUUAAACAUUUUUCUCUUAAAUUACGUAACAAUGUGGAAAAUAUGUUUUCAAAUUUAAAAUUUCCAUGGCUUAAUUGUACAAUUGAUGUGUCAUUUGCGAGAAUUAAUCAAAAUUUUGUACAACAACUUUUUCUCAAUCCAAAUGAAUUUACGCCUAUAUUCAUGCCAUCAUUAAUGGAACUUGUAAUGCCAAAAAAUUGUGUAACACUUCAAAAACACUUGCUUUCCCUUCUCAAUAUACAAACAAUGAAUUUUCACGAUGAAAAUGUUAGUAAUAUUGAAGAUAACACAAUUUAUACUGUGGAAAAUCUUAACGAAUUAAUUGAUCAACAAAAUGAAAAAGAAAAUUCACAAAAUAAUAUUGAAUCUGUGAUGAAUUUCAGUGAUCAAACGAUUCGUAACACAAAUUGGAAAUUGGAUUCAGAAAAAGAAAAUUGGAGUUUGUGUCCAUUUGGAUUACUUCCAUGGCAAUUGGAUCGUGAGGAAAAUGUGAAAUCAUUAAUUAUGAAUCCCUCGAAAAUUUUCAUUGAAAGUGAAACAACGAAAAUUUUACCAGGAAUGAUAGAUCGUAAAAAUUUCCAAAUGAAAAGUAAAAUUGAUUGGAAUAAUGUUUUAAAAGAUAAGAAGGUAAAUAACAAAAAUCGAAAACGACACAGUGAUAUAUUAAUAGAUCGAGCUAUUAAAGUCAUUAAGAAACAAUUAUAAUUUUAUUUAUUUUAAAAUAAAUUUGUUAAUUAUAAUUAAAUUCUUUUUUUUGAAUUAUAUUUUAAUAAAUUUUUUCAAUGAUGAAAAUAAAAUUUCACUUAUUCAGA